UUAGUAAUUGUAAUUAGAAAUUUUUUUUUUUAAAUUCAAUUUUAUGUGAUAUCUUCUCAAACACAUUGAAAAAACACACACACACACACAAAUUUUUCCAUUUUUAAAAUCUGAAAAAGAAAAAAAUCCUUGAUAAAACAACAUUGAUUAUAAAUGGGUCAAUCACGAUCAAAACCAUCAACAACAUCAACAUUAUCAUCAAAUUCAUGGCGACGAUUAUCUGAUUCAGAUUGUUUACAUCUUCUUAGCCAUCCAGAAUAUUUUGAUAAUCAAUUGAUCAGUAUUGAACAACAACAACAAUAUGGACAAACUAUUCCACGUAGCGGAUCAACAUCAAUAUUUUUCGAUACAAUCGAUAAUUGUCAACAAUUACAACCGCCGCCGCGGCCACCAUCAUUAUCAUCAUCAACAACAUCACAACAUUAUCCAUCGAAUAAUCAAAAUGUUACUAUGCGUAGUAUUUCGAUGAAUUCGACUAGUUCAAAAUCGUAUCGUAAUUCAAUGUAUCCCGGUUCGUUGGAUAAUCAUCAUCAUUUUUGUAUGGAACAUGAUAAUAAUCGUUCAAUGACACCAUCAUCAUUGAAUACUCAGUCUGUAAGAAAUACACCACCACCACCACCACCACCACCUCAACAACAACAACAAUCCCAACCGUCAUUGGUAUCACCACCAAUUUUACAAUCAUCAUCAUCAUCGAUGAAUACGGGUCAAUUGACAGCACGAAUUCGUCCUCUAUCCAUGUUUGGUGGUCCAUCAACACUUGUAUCGUUGAAUAAUAAUAAAUCAUUGAUGUUACCACCAUCAUUGCUACCGAAAUUAUCGGAUACAUCAAAACAAUUGGAAAAUUUAAGUCUUGACGAUCUUUUGGAACAGGUUAAUCAAACGGAAUCCUCUACACUUCAUCAUCAUCAUUGGAUAAUGAAUGAUAAUGAUGGUGAUACGGAUAGUGGUCAAACAUUAGUCGCGAAACAUAGUGAUUCCAGUAGUGAUUGUCCAAAUGAUCAUCAAACAAUCGUUGAUUCUUCGAAUAACAAUGAUUCAAUUAAAAAUUUCGAAUGUAUCGAUCAAUCACUACCAACAUCAAGUCCAACAACACCACCACCUCCACUACCACCACCACCACCACAUACAACACAACAACAAACAUCAAAUGGAUCACUUCGUCAUCAUCAUGGUAAUAAUUCGGUCAUUAAUGGUCGUCUAGUAUCAUCAUCAUCAUCAUCAUCAUCAUCAUCGACGAAUCCUAUAAGAUGUAGCGGUCUGGAUUGUAUGUGUGAGCGUUGUGUACAAAAUCGUUUUAAAUUACUCAAUUGGCUUCUACCAAAUUGUACCCGUUUGAAUUCUGAAAGACUUUUAAGUGGAAAACCAGAUGGUACAUUUUUAGUCAGAAAAAGUGAAAAAUUUCCCGGCCAAUAUACAUUAUCGUUUGUUUGUCGUCGUACAGUACGACAUUGUCUUAUUAUGCGAUCCGUUUAUGGAUUCGGUUUACGUUGGCCAUAUUCAUUCGAAACAUUACAACAAGUAAUUAUUCAUUAUUCACAAAAUUCAUUGACUGAAUUUAAUUCUAAACUAAAUAUACGUCUUCGAUAUCCAGUUUUUUCUGCUUAAAAUCUUGUGAUGAUUUUUACAUAUAAUAUAAAAUCCAGAAAAAAAAGAAACAGUCACAAUUUGAUUAUCAACUGGUUGAAUCCUAUUUAUCACACUAGUCCUUCGUUUCAAGAAAAAAAAAAAAAAAUAUUGUCCACGUUGGGCGUAUGUUCUACCAUUGUA